GUAUAUCUUUAGAAACAAACAUGGAGAAGUAUCUAGGAUUGGAUAAAAUUCACAAUAUUUGGAAAAUAAUACGAACAAACGGUGGUAUUCUUAAGACUUUGUACAACGGAUAUAGAAUCGAUGCACUAAAACAUGGUACCCUAGUAGGUGAAGACAAAUUUGGAAAUAAAUAUUAUGAAAAUAAUUUUUAUUUCUUUGGUUCUAAUAGAUGGGUAAUAUAUUCUGAAAGAUAUGGUAUGGAUUAUGAUGGUUCUCAAGUACCACCAGAAUGGUUUGGAUGGUUACAUUAUAAAACAGAUUUAAUUCCUUCUAAAGAUCCAAGUCGACCAAAAUAUAAGUGGAUGGCAGAACAUCGACCAAAUCCAAGUGGUACACCGGAAGCUUAUAUACCUUAUACUACUACAAAACCAAAAAUUAUACCAUGGAAACCACCACAGUAAUACACAUAGCAUAAUUUAUUAUAUAUAGUUGCUUAAAGUAAUUAUGAUAGAGAUAAAGAUAACAUAAAAUUAGAUGUAAAUAAAAUACUUACAUGAAAAUUUAGUAUCUAUAGUUGUUUAAUGUGUUAUUGAAUAUUACUAAUCACACUGUCCAAUAAAUUUUAACUUUUCUUUUAA